AAAAAAAAAAAAUUUAAUAUACAUAUAUACAUCAAAAUAUUUUACAAUUUUUAAUUUUUUAAUUUGAUUAUUUUAAUUUAACUUUUUCUUUUUAAAAAAAUAAAAUAAAAAAUACGAUGACUCAAAUUCAUAUUUCCCCGAUGGAAAGUGUACCUUCAUCACCUAAUGUAGAAAAUCGUAUUACUUUUGAAAGUGUUCGUCAAUGGAAACUUGAACAAGUUUCUUAUUGGUUACAAGAAAAUAAUUUUAAAGAAUAUCAGAAAAUAUUUGCUGAAAAUGAUAUCAACGGUGACGUUUUACUCGAAUUGGAUCACGAAAUUCUUAAAGAAUUAAAAAUAAAAUCCAUUGGUGAACGCAUAAGAAUCUUAUUGGCCGUAAAAUCACUACUAAAAAGUUGUAUGGGAAACAACAUUUAUUCAAAAUUACUGUACAAGGAAUUAAGUACACCAGAAACCGAUAAAUUUUCUUUUUCUAUGUCACUUACCAGAUCUGAUUCGCUGCCAAAAGUGGUUCGUAAAAAUUCAAGCCAUCGAAUUACCAGUGAUAUACCAAAAUCACCCUCAUCUAAUAAACAAAUCCAAGAGACUACAAUAAUGUCCAUUGAAAGUGUCAAACAGAAGUGUAUUAAAGUAAUUGGGGAGGAUGGACAAUCUUCACGUAUUAUUCCAAUAAAUAACGUUAGUGAUGCCAAAUCUAUUCUUGCAAAAGUUUUACAAAAGUUUAAUAUCAAGGAUGAUGUUGAAAGAUAUUCAUUAUUUACAACCUUAAGUGAUUCUGGAUCAGCAAGGUGUUUAACAGAUGAGGAAGUUGAAACAAUAUGUAAAAGUGUAGAUCGUCCAGAAAGAGAAAGAUUAUUUUUGAGAAAGAAACAUCUUCCAAUGAAUCAUGAAACAUUUAAGAAACAGAUGAGAGAUAAGAAAUUGGCAAAUUUUUUUGGAGAAAAACCACCAAGUAUACCACAAGGACAACAAGUUGGAAUAUCACAAAAGAAAUUGAGAAAUUUCUUUGGACAAAGACCUCCAUCAGAAUUAAUUUCAUUAAAUCUUACAGAAUACUUUCCUGGUCAUAAUAGUGAAGAGUUAGAACGUAGUGUUAGAAAUUCUAUGAGAAGAGCUUCUAUGGCAUCUAAAUCAUCUUUUGGACUUAGAUCAAAACGUACUUCGAGACUUUUUGAUGACAGUUCAAGGAGAUCAAGUUUAUUGCCUCAUUUGAAUGAUAAUCCUGAUGAAACCAUUGCUGAAGAAGAAUUUGAAGGGUUUGAUAGUUUUGAAGAAGAAGAGGAUGAUCAACUUAAUUUAUUUGAAGAAGCAUUUACCAAGACAGUAUUUAAGUGGAUAAAGGGAGCUUUAAUUGGGAUGGGAUCUUUUGGUUGUGUAUACUUGGGACUUAAUUCUAUUACAGGAGAAUUGAUGGCAAUUAAACAAGUUGAAUUACCAACUGGACAAUCUGCAAAUGAACAGAGGAAGAAAUCCAUGUUGGAUGCAUUACAAAGAGAAAUUUCACUUUUACAAGAGUUACAUCAUGAAAACAUAGUGCAAUAUCUUGGAUCACAACAUGAUGAGGAAACUUUAAAUAUUUUCUUGGAAUAUGUCCCAGGUGGAUCUGUAGCUACAAUGCUUAAUAAUUAUGGACCGUUAGAAGAAACAUUGGUUAGAUCAUUUAAUAGACAAAUUUUACAAGGAUUAAAUUAUCUUCACGAAAAAGAUAUUAUUCAUCGCGAUAUCAAAGGGGCUAACGUUUUAGUCGAUAAUAAGGGAGGUAUCAAAAUAUCCGAUUUUGGUAUAUCAAAGAAAGUAGAAGAUCAAAUUAUGGCAACUGCAUCUGUUAGUAGGCCUUCAUUGCAGGGAUCUGUAUUUUGGAUGGCACCAGAAGUUGUUAAACAAACUUCAUAUACAAGUAAAGCUGAUAUAUGGAGCUUAGGAUGUUUAAUUGUAGAAAUGUUUACAGGAACUCAUCCAUAUCCACAAUUUACUCAGAUGCAAGCAAUAUUUAAGAUUGGAGUUGAAUCUAUUUCACCAGAAAUACCUGAAGGAAUAUCAAAUGAAGCAAAAGAAUUCUUGAAAAAGACCUUUGAAUCAAACCAUGAUGAAAGACCAACGGCUAAAGUUCUUUUAACUCAUCCAUUUGCCGCAUCAACGUCAAAACAAUUAUCUCCUUAACUUUGACGUGUGCAUGCAUUUGAGAUUAACCACAUAGGGAUUAAUUGACCAAUCAAAAUGCAUCAUGAUCAAAACAUUUGGCAAUUUUUUAAUUUUUAAUAGUUAGUUUAUGAUAAUAAUUUAAAUUAAUAAUCGUAACGAUUUAUUUAUAAAUCAUUUAUAAUUAUUUUCGAUAAACCAUAAAGUUUGAUUACUUAAUAAUUUACUUACGUUUUCUUUAUUAUAAUAUCAUUUAGUUAAUUUAUUG